AUACGCUAAAAACAAAAGUUUGAUCAUGAUCUGCUGAAUUACACUACUGUCUUAUACAUUUUUGUAAUACGAAAAGUCAGCGUGAAAGUGGUUAGUUAGUGGCCUAACCACCGUAAGAGGCGGCAAUACGUGUUGGGUUCUCCACAAAACUUGGCUUUCAUAGUAAUUCUGUCUCUGCCAUUCAAUUUCUGAUUCUUUUUUCAGUUUCUGAUAACAAAUUACUAAUCUUUCAUCCUUUUUCAUUUCUGGGUCAUCAGUUUUUAAAAGUUUCUGUAUUAAAUUUUUGAGCUUGAUUCUUUGAAAUUUGCUGAUUUCUUGAGCUAUUUCUGGGUGGUCAUCCCAUUUUGUUGUUUGAAUUUGAAGAUGGGAGGUGCAGUUGGAACUGCUAAAACAUCAGCUUAUGUACCAGAGACGAGGCUUGAGGCUAAAAUGGUCGAAGCUAUGCGGCGAAGAGCUGCUGAAGGAUGUUCUAUCAAGUCAUUCAACAGUAUAAUCUUGAAGUUCCCUAAAAUUGAUGAGAGUUUCAGAAAAUGUAAAGCUAUCUUUGAGAAAUUCGAUGAGGAUUCCAAUGGCACAAUUGAUCAAGAAGAGAUGAGAAAAUGUUUACAUAAGCUAGAAGUUUCUUUUACAGAGGAGGAAAUCAAUGAUCUCUUUAAGGGAUGCGAUAUCAAUGACGAUAUGGGCAUGAAGUUUAAUGAGUUCAUUGUACUUCUCUGUCUUGUCUAUCUUCUUAAGGAUGAUCCUACUGCCGUCCAUGCCAAAUCCAAAAUGGGAAUGCCCAAAUUAGAGGCCACAUUUGAAACAUUGGUCGGAGCAUUUGCAUUCUUGGACAAAAACAAGGAUGGCUUCGUCAGCAAGAAUGAGAUGGUUCAAGCCAUAAAUGAAUCUGGAGAACGUUCGUCUGGAUCUGGACGAAUAGCGAUGAAACGAUUUGAAGAGAUGGACUGGGACAAAAAUGGAAUGGUUAAUUUCAAAGAGUUUAUGUUUGCUUUUACGCGGUGGGUGGGAAUAGAUGACAUGGAGGAUGAGGAAGAUGAUGAAGCUAAUGUCUGAAUUCUAGUUAUGGACUCGAGAAUCGCCGCUGUGAAUUUCCGAGAAAGCUGUUUCCCACACAAGGUCCGUCAGAUUUACAUUUCCAGAAAUGGUGAAUUUGAUAUUACGUGAAAUGCUUAAUUCUUCACCCCUUCCUGAAUUUUGUGCUGUAAAUAUAGUUUCAAGAAUAGAACCACAAACGCAUUGCAAUAAAUAUCGCCGCGCUCGUAAUUAUGAACACUGUAUUGUAUGAUUUCAGCAUAGUUUAUCAGCAGGUUGAAUGAAGCAAGUUGUGAUUAUUUAAGGGCUCAUGCCUUCAA